CGAAAUACGAACGAUUGAGGCUACAGCGUCCGCUGCUGCGCUUACAGAGAACGCCACGACACGCACGCGUGUUCGGGAACCCGGCUCUUUGCGAGGAAACAACGUCAGCAUGGGGUCGACGCGCUUCGGACACGCAGUUCUAAUCUGGGCUCUCUCCGUCGUAGCUGCAUCGGCCGUAGCAGAAAUAUAUAUCAUAGGUUCACACGAGCCGUCGAACCGUGUUCCGCCAUGGCAGAAAGGAGCGGCGAUGCGGCGUGUCUGCUACUACACCCUACCUCCCACGCUGGACCCCAGCCGUCCAAUGGCCAACCUGUGCACACACCUGGUGUGCGGAUUCGCCGCCGUGCUCGACGACGCGAUGGUGCCGCAGCGUCCGGAAGACCCGAUCCAGUACAGGCGUCUGGUGGCCCUCAAGCUGGCCAACCCUGCGCUCAGGGUGAUGCUGUCCCUUGGCGCGACAGGCUCCGAUGGAGUCUUCAGCGCCAUCAUCGCGGCGCCUGACCGAAGACAAAAGUUUAUGGCAUCCGUCAUAACGGUCCUUCGCGAGUACGGAUUCGACGGGAUCGACAUCGACUGGGAAUUCCCGGGGCAGGGAGCUCCGCCGGAAGAGGACCGGAAGAACUUUGGCCUCUUUCUCAAGGAAGCCCGUGAGUCCUUCAAGAACGAAUCGCGUGCAUCUCACCGCGACGAACUGUUGCUGUCAGUGGCUGUGGCAGCCACGGAGCAGCUCAUCAACACAGGCUACGAUGCCAGGGUCAUAUCGCGGUACGUUGACUUCAUUAAUUUGAUGGCCUACGACUACCACAUGUACAAGCCUUACCUACCGUUCACUGGCCACAACAGUCCCUUGUUUAGACGCAAAGUGGAAGAAAGCAUCUUUUCCACCCUUCACGUG